GCUGACUAUUGUUGCAUUAUUGUUGUUGCAUUAUUACCGGUAUGAUUAGCCUAUUCACUUGGAGUGGAGCGGUCCUUGGAGUUUCCAGCAGGAGGCGCUAGUUCUAAACACUGGGACAACUUAUCCCGGCGCAGCGUUUGUGGAUUCAUUCGUAGAAGAAGCAAACUCCUCGCAGACAAAGGAAACUUCACAAGCAAGUCCCGUAACACACGGCACUACAGAAGGAGCUUCGUGUCUUCAGUCCCAGCUGCAACAUACUCGGAUGAAAGCGCCCUGACUCGAUGUCUUGAAGUCCCAGCCCAAGACGCAUUCUUAAAGUAUUACACCAAUGGAGUACGAGAAAGAGGACGGUCUACUGCAGAAUGUAGACAUCUGCAUUAAAGAGGAAGAAGAUGACGCAGCUGUUGCUGAUGGAUACCAGUGUACUCAAUCUGAUGAAACUGACUCUGCCCCAGGAAAGACCACCUCCUCAUCUGCAGACAUUAAAGCUGAACCAGUACAGGAAGAGGAGAAAUCAGACGUGACUCCAGUCUUCAGCUCAGAUGUGGCUCCAGUCGUCAGCUCAGACCUGGCUCCAGUCGUCAGUUCUGCUAUGAGCCAGUUCCCUCCAGAUCCACUGUCCUUGGUGAAGUGCAGGAGGUUAUCAGUGCUAGUGGUCGAUUGCUGUGCAAGACAAGGUCAGCUAAAAACACAAGACCACAAGAAUAACACGGAUGGAGAAAACCCCAAAACUGGAACAGGAGAUGAAUCCCAACCUGCUUUGUCAGCUGCCCUCCCAGAGACCACAUUGAAGAAGCAUCUCUGUUCUGGUGUUGACAAGAGCUUCAGUAACGUGAAAACUCUAAAAGCACACCAGCAAACCAAACAAGGGAAGACGCCUCAUUGCUCUGUCAUCGCAAAACCUUUCGCUACAAAGAGGUGUUUGAAGAAGCACCAGAGUAUUCACACUGCAGACCAGCCCAUUCAGUGCAGACAGUGUGGGAAAGGUUUUAGUACAGCAGCAGAACUUAAACAACACCAACUUACACACACCGGACAGAAACCCCAUCAAUGUGGAGAGUGUGGAAAAUGUUUUACCCAUUUGGUGCACCUCAAAGCACACCAGCGUAUUCACUCUGGAGAGAGGCCAUACAGCUGUGAACAGUGUGGUAAAUGUUUUACACAGGCGGGGAACCUCAAAAGACACGAGCGUGUUCACUCUGGAGAGAGGCCAUACAGCUGUGGUCAGUGUGGUAAAUGUUUUACACUGGCAGGGAGUCUCAGAGAGCACCAGUUCAUUCACACCGGACAGAAACCCCAUCAAUGUGGACAGUGUGGUCAAAGGUUUAUACACGCGGCGCACCUCCAAUCACACCAGCGUAUUCACUCUGGAGAGAAGCCAUACAGCUGUGAACAGUGUGGUAAAUGUUUCACACAGUCGAGUAUUCUCAAAGCACACCAGCGCGUUCACUCUGGAGAGAAGCCAUACAGUUGUGGACAGUGUGGUAAAUGUUUCACCCGGCCGAGGGGUCUCAGAGUACACCAGCUCAUUCACACAGGAGAGAGGCCAUACGGUUGUGCACAGUGUGGUAAAUGUUUUAGAGAUUCAGGGACUCUCACAAAACACCAGCUCACUCACACCGGACUGAAAGCCCAUCAAUGUGGACAGUGUGGGAAAAGGUUUGCACAGUCAGGUAGUCUCAGACAACACCAGCGUAUGCACUCUGGAGAGAGUCCAUACAGUUGUGGACAGUGUGGUAAAUGUUUUACACAGGCGUGGCACCUCAAAGUACACCAGCUCAUUCACACAGGAGAGAGGCCAUACGGUUGUGGACAGUGUGGUAAAUGUUUUACACACGCGGGGCACCUCAAAACACACCAGCGUAUUCACUCUGGAGAGAAGCCAUACAGCUGUGGCCAGUGUGGUAAAUGUUUUACAGGAUCAGGGAGUCUCAAAGUACACCAGCUCAUUCAUUCCGGACAGAAACCCCAUCAAUGUGGACAGUGCGGGAAAAGGUUUACACAGGCGGGGAGCCUCCAAGCACACCAGCGUAUUCACUCUGGAGAGAAAGCCCAUCAAUGCCAACAGUGAUGGAGGCGUUAUCGGCUCCCAGAAGCACUUAAAGCAGGGUAGCCGCGCGGUCUAAAAAGUCUUAAAGUCUUCACUUUUUAAUCCCCUUUUUUAGGCCUAAAAAAGGUCAAAAAUAUCUGUCCGAUGCAGAGGUUGCGCUGGACUUUUUCAUAGUCCGUCAUUUUGAUGGACAGGGUCGAAAAAAAUCUGUCAUCGCCUAUUUUUUAAAUUCGCCACCUGGUUUCUCAAUGUGGGGGGUCGCGACCCCGCACCGAGAACAACACAUGCGCAAUUGCGGCCAAUUGAGAGUAAACCGCUGUGAAUACACCCCCUUUCACUCGACAUUCAUUCUCCAACUUCGAGGAUGGAGUCAAUUUUGCUGUCCAUUUUCUCUCUCUGCCUCUCUCAUUGCAAUGUUUAAAAAGCUGCAGAUAUCUCAUGACGCGCGUCUGAUUCAGUGUUAAGCGCUA